AUGUGUGGCGCCGCGAGCGGAGGCACCCUUGCUGUGGCCACCGCCCUCGCCGGCGGCGAAGCUGCGGACUGCGAGGUCCACGGCCCCAAUAGACCUCUUUUGAAGAGAAGGCCUAGUUCGCAGCAAGGCCAGCCCUCUUCCUGCCACGUUUUGCUCGUGGACGACGAGCGGCUGACCCGCACGGUCCUGUCGAGCCUGCUGCUCAAGUGCGGCUACAGAGUCACCAGUGCCAGCGAUGGCUUGGAGGCCCUGCGCCUGCUGCGCGGCAGCGCCCCCGACACCUUUCAGCUGGUCCUGACGGACGUGUGCAUGCCGGAGCUCAACGGCAUCCAGCUGCUCAGCUGCGUGAAGCAGGACGCCAACCUGCGUGCCGUGCCUGUAGUCAUGAUGUCGUCUGUGGACCAGGAGGAGACGGUGGCCGAGUGUGUGCAGCAAGGGGCAGAGGAGUACCUGGUGAAGCCGGUGACGAAGAAGGAGGUGCAGCACAUCUGGCAGCAUGUGUGGCGCAAGCGCUGCGCCGCAGCCCAGGUGCCGCAGCUGCCGCUCGAGGCAGCUGCUGCUGCCGCCGCCGCCGCAGGCGCGGCGGCUCUGUGGCAGCAGCAGCAAGCAGCAGCGGCAGCGGCGCCGCCCGCCGAGGCGCCAGCGCAGCCGCAGGCACCUCACGCUCCGCAGGACGUGCAGCAGCCUGCUUCAGCUGGCGGCCAGGUGCAGGCGGACAGCGUGGAUGCGCUGGUGCGCAGCGCCCCGCAGGCGGCCGGCGCCGGCGGGCUGCACAUGCGGCAGAGCGUGUUCAGCGCUGCGGUCAGCCUGGUGCAGGGGGCGCACCUGCAGCGGCGCCCGCUGCUGUGCCUGCGGCCAUCCCACCUGCUCUUCUCCCAGCUGCACGGCCUCAGCGUGGCCGUCCCGUCCCCACAGCAGCAGGGCGGCAGCGGCGACGCGGCCGCGGCGGCCGAGGUGGACAGCUUGUAUGUGAGCCCCGACGAGGCGGCUGGGCACCCCACCUGCCAGAGCGACAUGUUCAGCCUGGGGCUGCUGUUUGUAGACCUCUUCUUCCCCUGCGCCUCCCAGGAGCAGCGCUGCGCGCAGCUGCGGGCGGCGCGCGCCGCGGUGCUGCCGCCGGUGCUGCGCGGCACGCACGGCGCGGGCAGCGCGCAGGCGGUACAGGACCUGGUGCUGGGCCUGCUGCAGGCUGACCCUGCGCGUCGCCCCACGGUGCACGCGGUACUGCGGGCGGGUAUCCUCCAGGACGCAUUCCGCCUGGUGCAGCAGCUGCCGCACUGGCGCCUGCUGGGCUGCAUGGCGGCGACGACGGCAGCACAACAGCAGCAGCAGGCGUCUGCGGCGGCGGCGGCCCCGCACCAGCAGCCAGCGCCCGCCGGCAGCUGUCUCGGGAAGAGCGGCGCGGCGGCUGCGCCGGCGACGGCGGCGCUGGUGGGCCCUCUGGAUCACGACGCCGUGCGCCACUUCCUGCUGCUGCUGCGCAAGUCGAAGCAGCAGGAGGUGGCGCAGGCGCAGGGGCAGCUGGCGGCGCUGGACGCCGACAUUGGGGAUGUGCGGCGGCGGCGCUCGCAGGACGCCCAGCAGCCGGCGGCGGCCGCAGAGGAGCAGCCGCCGACGGCCAAGCGUGCACGCCUGGAGGCCCGCGCCGGCGGCGAUGGGGCAGCCGAGCCGGCAGCCGGCGAGGCUGCUGCUGCCGCUGCUGCCGCCGCGCCCGAGGCGGAGCCGCCCGCGGAGCAGCAGCAGCGCGUGGCGGCGGUCAUGCCUCAGCUGGAGGACCUCUUCUUCCGCCGCCGCCAGCAGCAGCAGCGGCGGCAGGCGCAGGCCCCCGCGGCGUGCGGCGGCGAGGCGGGCGGCGGCCUGCACCUGGACGCCUUUGCCCGCGACCUGAACGAGCUGGCCGCACACUCCAAGCUGAGCCUCAAGGCCACGCUGCGCAGCGGCGACCUGGCCUCCCCCGUGGAGAUGGCCUGCUGCGCCGCGUUUGACCGCGACGACGAGUUCUUUGCCACCGUGGGCGUGUCGCGCCGCGUCAAGAUCUUUGACUUUGCGGCGUGCCUGGAGGGGCAGGACUCGGUGAUGCACUACCCCGCCCUGCAAAUCACCACGCGCAGCAAGCUGUCCAGCGUCAGCUGGAACUCGUACGUCAAGAGCCAGCUCAUCACCUCCGACUACGGCGGCCUCAUCCAGCUGUGGGACGCAGCCACGGCGGGCGAGGCGGCACAGUACGACGAGCACGCGCGCCGCGUCUGGUCUGUAGACUUUUCCACCACAGACCCCAUGCGCUUCUUGUCGGGCUCCGACGACGGCAGCGUGCGCCUGUGGAGCGUGCACGAGCAGGCCAGCGUGGCGCGCAUCGCAGCGCCCGCCAACGUCUGCUCCGUGCAGUUCAGCCCCGCCGACUCCCACACCAUCGCAUUUGGCUGCGCCAACUACCGCGUCUACCUGUACGACCUGCGACGCACAGCGCACCCGCUGGCCGUUGUGUGCGGCCCUCAGCGCGCCGUCUCCUACGUCAAGUUUUUGGGCGGCAGCCACCUGGUGUCCGCCUCCACAGACAGCACGCUGCGGCUGUGGGACCUGGCCGACGUCAUGGCCGGCGCGGACAGCGCCACCACCAGCGGCGCCAGCAGCGCGGGCAGCUCCGGCACCCGCUGCCGCCCUGCCUGCACCUACACCGGCCACCGCAACCAGCGCAACUUUGUGGGCCUGUCGGUCAGCCCGGACGGACACAUCCUGUGCGGCUCCGAGGACAACUCAGGCGCGUGGCGCUCGGGCGCAGCGGUGCAUGCAGGCAGCCGGCGGCGUGCUGCGCACGCACAGGCAGUGUACUCCUACUACCGCUCCCUGCCCUUCAGUACCGCACAGUACCGCUUCUCCCCGGGCGAGCCGGCCGAGGGCCACCAGCCCUUUGUCUCCGCCGUGUGCUGGGCCAACCGCAGCCGCCACUGCCUGGCGGCCAACAGCCAGGGGCUGCUGCAGAUCCUCAAGCUGGAGUGA